UUGGCCAGCCAGGCCAAAACCCGGGCCAUGGCUCCGGGACUACUCUUUUAUUUUCUGGUGUCUCUGGUAGUAGCACAUGCUACCGAAGAUGCUAAUGAAACGAGAGCAUUGAUUCAAGAAGAUGCCCGCGAGGCUCGUGAAUACGGAUCGUAUGGCGAUAAUAGUAAGGAGACUGUGGUUAAUAUUGAGGACGAUGAAAAAACACAGUACUAUGAAACCAACUACGACACUAGUGCAUACGGAUUCGGUUACGAUGUCGGCCCCAACGGUCAAUUUCAUCAUGAAAAUAAAGGCCCUGAUGGUGUGACUUACGGUUGCUACGGCUACGUUGACCCCGACGGUUACCUUCGUGUCACCCACUACGUUGCUGACAGCCACGGCUACAGAAUUAUCGAACCCGAAAAACCUGUGGAAGUUUUCCCAGAGGAAAACCACGAAUACGAUGAAAAUUUGGUCACUCCGAGUCCUCUUCCUGGUCAGAUAGUGCCAUGGAAUAAGCUAUACUUGCCACGAGGAUGUGGUAAAACUCCUGGUGGAAUUCCUCCUCGCCCACUACCAAAACCUAAACCGACAAGGCCACCUCGUCCACCACCAGAUAGCGCUGGACAAAACAGCAACCCAAAACCUGGUGUUGUGUAUCCAGGAGGACAAGGUGGUUACUAUCCUGGCACACCUGGUACUCCCGGUUCCCCUGGUACGCCUGGCAGCCCAGGUAUCCCUGGCAGACCCGGUAGCCCUGGAACCCCAGGAAGUCCUGGAGGUCCCGGUGGACCCGGAGGUCCAUCCGGACCGUCUGGCCCAGGAGGACAAAACUCAGGCUAUUACCCAGGCCAAGGACAAGGUGGCUCUUACCCCGUGAGACCUGGAGCACCUGGAAGCCCUGGAGCACCCGGAAGUCCUGGAGCACCUGGAAGCCCUGGAGCACCUGGCGGUCCCGGUGGUCCCGGAGGACCAGGAGGACCCGCAGGACCCUCAGGACCUAGUGGACCCGCCGGACCCUCAGGACCCGCAGGACCUAGUGGACCUAGCACACCUCCAUCACAAGGAUCUGGCAGUGGAUAUUAUCCCGGACAAGGACAAGGCGGUUAUUACCCAGGAUCUCCUGGCUCACCCGGUAGUCCCGGCAGCCCGGGAAUCCCUGGCAGACCCGGUAGCCCUGGAACCCCAGGAAGUCCUGGAAGUCCCGGUGGACCCGGAGGUCCAUCCGGACCGUCUGGCCCAGGAGGACAAAACUCAGGCUAUUACCCAGGCCAAGGACAAGGUGGCUCUUACCCCGUGAGACCUGGAGCACCUGGAAGCCCUGGAGCACCCGGAAGUCCUGGAGCACCUGGAAGCCCUGGAGCACCUGGCGGUCCCGGUGGUCCCGGAGGACCAGGAGGACCCGCAGGACCCUCAGGACCUAGUGGACCCGCCGGACCCUCAGGACCCGCAGGACCUAGUGGACCUAGCACACCUCCAUCACAAGGAUCUGGCAGUGGAUAUUAUCCCGGACAAGGACAAGGCGGUUAUUACCCAGGAUCUCCUGGCUCACCCGGUAGUCCCGGCAGCCCAGGAAUCCCUGGCAGACCCGGUAGCCCUGGAACCCCAGGAAGUCCUGGAGGUCCCGGUGGACCCGGAGGUCCAUCCGGACCGUCUGGCCCAGGAGGACAAAACUCAGGCUAUUACCCAGGCCAAGGACAAGGUGGCUCUUACCCCGUGAGACCUGGAGCACCUGGAAGCCCUGGAGCACCCGGAAGUCCUGGAGCACCUGGAAGCCAUGGAGCACCUGGCGGUCCCGGUGGUCCCGGAGGACCAGGAGGACCCGCAGGACCCUCAGGACCUAGUGGACCUAGUGGACCUAGCACACCUCCAUCACAAGGAUCUGGCAGUGGAUAUUAUCCCGGACAAGGACAAGGUGGAUCUUACCCCGUCAGACCUGGAGCACCUGGUAGUCCUGGAGCACCUGGCGGACCCGGUGGACCGGGAGGGCCUGGCGGUCCCGGUGGACCAGCUGGACCAAAUGGACCCGGCGGACCCAAUGGACCUAGUGGACCUAAUGGACCUAGUGGACCUAGUGGACCAAGUGGACCUAAUCAACCCUUCGGACCUGGUGGACAAACUGGACCUGGACAAGGUGGAUCUUACCCGGUCAGACCAGGAGCACCCGGUAGCCCGGGAGCACCAGGUGGUCCCGGAGGACCCGGCGGUCCCGGUGGUCCCGGAGGACCAGGAGGACCAAGUGGCCCUAGCACACCUCCUUCUCAAGAACCUGGUACUGGAUAUUAUCCCGGACAAGGACAACAAGGUGGGUACUACCCAAGCAGACCUGGAUCUCCCGGUUUACCGGGAAGUCCUGGCAGCCCCGGUAGCCCUGGCAGCCCUGGCAGCCCUGGAAGCCCUGGAUCACCAGGUGGACCAGGUGGAUCUUAUGGACCCAGUGGACCGGUAGGACCCAACGGGCCAUAUGGACCUAAUGGACCGAAUAGACCAAACCAACCCUCAGGCCCCGGUGGACCAAUUGGACCUGAACAAGGUGGAUCUUACCCCGUCAGACCUGGAGCACCUGGUAGUCCUGGAGCACCUGGUGGACCCGGUGGACCGGGAGGGCCUGGCGGUCCCGGUGGACCAGCUGGACCAAAUGGACCCGGCGGACCCAAUGGACCCAGUGGACCAAAUGGACCUAGUGGACCUAGUGGACCAAGUGGACCUAAUCAACCCUUCGGACCUGGUGGACAAACUGGACCUGGACAAGGUGGAUCUUACCCGGUCAGACCAGGAGCACCCGGUAGCCCGGGAGCACCAGGUGGUCCCGGAGGACCCGGCGGUCCCGGUGGUCCCGGAGGACCAGGAGGACCAAGUGGCCCUAGCACACCUCCUUCUCAAGAACCUGGUACUGGAUAUUAUCCCGGACAAGGACAACAAGGUGGGUACUACCCAAGCAGACCUGGAUCUCCCGGUUUACCGGGAAGUCCUGGCAGCCCCGGUAGCCCUGGCAGCCCUGGCAGCCCUGGAAGCCCUGGAUCACCAGGUGGACCAGGUGGAUCUUAUGGACCCAGUGGACCGGUAGGACCCAACGGGCCAUAUGGACCUAAUGGACCGAAUAGACCAAACCAACCCUCAGGCCCCGGUGGACCAAUUGGACCUGAACAAGGUGGAUCUUACCCCGUCAGACCUGGAGCACCUGGUAGUCCUGGAGCACCUGGUGGACCCGGUGGACCGGGAGGGCCUGGCGGUCCCAGUGGACCAGCUGGACCAAAUGGACCCGGCGGACCCAAUGGACCUAGUGGACCAAAUGGACCUAGUGGACCUAGUGGACCAAGUGGACCUAAUCAACCCUUAGGACCUGGUGGACAAACUGGACCUGGACAAGGUGGAUCUUACCCGGUCAGACCAGGAGCACCCGGUAGCCCGGGAGCACCAGGUGGUCCCGGAGGACCCGGCGGUCCCGGUGGUCCCGGAGGACCAGGAGGACCAAGUGGCCCUAGCACACCUCCUUCUCAAGAACCUGGUACUGGAUAUUAUCCCGGACAAGGACAACAAGGUGGGUACUACCCAAGCAGACCUGGAUCUCCCGGUUUACCGGGAAGUCCUGGCAGCCCCGGUAGCCCUGGCAGCCCUGGCAGCCCUGGAAGCCCUGGAUCACCAGGUGGACCAGGUGGAUCUUAUGGACCCAGUGGACCGGUAGGACCCAACGGGCCAUAUGGACCUAAUGGACCGAAUAGACCAAACCAACCCUCAGGCCCCGGUGGACCAAUUGGACCUGAACAAGGUGGAUCUUACCCCGUCAGACCUGGAGCACCUGGUAGUCCUGGAGCACCUGGUGGACCCGGUGGACCGGGAGGGCCUGGUGGUCCCGGUGGACCAGCUGGACCAAAUGGACCCGGCGGACCCAAUGGACCUAGUGGACCAAAUGGACCUAGUGGACCUAGUGGACCAAGUGGACCUAAUCAACCCUUAGGACCUGGUGGACAAACUGGACCUGGACAAGGUGGAUCUUACCCGGUCAGACCAGGAGCACCCGGUAGCCCGGGAGCACCAGGUGGUCCCGGAGGACCCGGCGGUCCCGGUGGUCCCGGAGGACCAGGAGGACCAAGUGGCCCUAGCACACCUCCUUCUCAAGAACCUGGUACUGGAUAUUAUCCCGGACAAGGACAACAAGGUGGGUACUACCCAAGCAGACCUGGAUCUCCCGGUUUACCGGGAAGUCCUGGCAGCCCCGGUAGCCCUGGCAGCCCUGGCAGCCCUGGAAGCCCUGGAUCACCAGGUGGACCAGGUGGAUCUUAUGGACCCAGUGGACCGGUAGGACCCAACGGGCCAUAUGGACCUAAUGGACCGAAUAGACCAAACCAACCCUCAGGCCCCGGUGGACCAAUUGGACCUGAACAAGGUGGAUCUUACCCCGUCAGACCUGGAGCACCUGGUAGUCCUGGAGCACCUGGUGGACCCGGUGGACCGGGAGGGCCUGGUGGUCCCGGUGGACCAGCUGGACCAAAUGGACCCGGCGGACCCAAUGGACCCAGUGGACCAAAUGGACCUAGUGGACCUAGUGGACCAAGUGGACCUAAUCAACCCUUAGGACCUGGUGGACAAACUGGACCUGGACAAGGUGGAUCUUACCCGGUCAGACCAGGAGCACCCGGUAGCCCGGGAGCACCAGGUGGUCCCGGAGGACCAGGAGGACCAAGUGGCCCUAGCACACCUCCUUCUCAAGAACCUGGUACUGGAUAUUAUCCCGGACAAGGACAACAAGGUGGGUACUACCCAAGCAGACCUGGAUCUCCCGGUUUACCGGGAAGUCCUGGCAGCCCCGGUAGCCCUGGCAGCCCUGGCAGCCCUGGAAGCCCUGGAUCACCAGGUGGACCAGGUGGAUCUUAUGGACCCAGUGGACCGGUAGGACCCAACGGGCCAUAUGGACCUAAUGGACCGAAUAGACCAAACCAACCCUCAGGCCCCGGUGGACCAAUUGGACCUGAACAAGGUGGAUCUUACCCCGUCAGACCUGGAGCACCUGGUAGUCCUGGAGCACCUGGUGGACCCGGUGGACCGGGAGGGCCUGGUGGUCCCGGUGGACCAGCUGGACCAAAUGGACCCGGCGGACCCAAUGGACCCAGUGGACCAAAUGGACCUAGUGGACCUAGUGGACCAAGUGGACCUAAUCAACCCUUCGGACCUGGUGGACAAACUGGACCUGGACAAGGUGGAUCUUACCCGGUCAGACCAGGAGCACCCGGUAGCCCGGGAGCACCAGGUGGUCCCGGAGGACCCGGCGGUCCCGGUGGUCCCGGAGGACCAGGAGGACCAAGUGGCCCUAGCACACCUCCUUCUCAAGAACCUGGUACUGGAUAUUAUCCCGGACAAGGACAACAAGGUGGGUACUACCCAAGCAGACCUGGAUCUCCCGGUUUACCGGGAAGUCCUGGCAGCCCCGGUAGCCCUGGCAGCCCUGGCAGCCCUGGAAGCCCUGGAUCACCAGGUGGACCAGGUGGAUCUUAUGGACCCAGUGGACCGGUAGGACCCAACGGGCCAUAUGGACCUAAUGGACCGAAUAGACCAAACCAACCCUCAGGCCCCGGUGGACAAAUUGGACCUGAACAAGGUGGAUCUUACCCCGUCAGACCUGGAGCACCUGGUAGUCCUGGAGCACCUGGUGGACCCGGUGGACCGGGAGGGCCUGGCGGUCCCGGUGGACCAGCAGGACCAAAUGGACCCGGCGGACCCAAUGGACCUAGUGGACCAAAUGGACCUAGUGGACCUAGUGGACCAAGUGGACCUAAUCAACCCUUAGGACCUGGUGGACAAACUGGACCUGGACAAGGUGGAUCUUACCCGGUCAGACCAGGAGCACCCGGUAGCCCGGGAGCACCAGGUGGUCCCGGAGGACCCGGCGGUCCCGGUGGUCCCGGAGGACCAGGAGGACCAAGUGGCCCUAGCACACCUCCUUCUCAAGAACCUGGUACUGGAUAUUAUCCCGGACAAGGACAACAAGGUGGGUACUACCCAAGCAGACCUGGAUCUCCCGGUUUACCGGGAAGUCCUGGCAGCCCCGGUAGCCCUGGCAGCCCUGGAAGCCCUGGAUCACCAGGUGGACCAGGUGGAUCUUAUGGACCCAGUGGGCCGGUAGGACCCAACGGGCCAUAUGGACCUAAUGGACCGAAUAGACCAAACCAACCCUCAGGCCCCGGUGGACAAGUUGGACCUGAACAAGGUGGAUCUUACCCCGUCAGACCUGGAGCACCUGGUAGUCCUGGAGCACCUGGUGGACCCGGUGGACCGGGAGGGCCUGGCGGUCCCGGUGGACCAGCUAGACCAAAUGGACCCGGCGGACCCAAUGGACCUAGUGGACCAAAUGGACCUAGUGGACCAAGUGGACCUAAUCAACCCUUCGGACCUGGUGGACAAACUGGACCUGGACAAGGUGGAUCUUACCCGGUCAGACCAGGAGCACCCGGUAGCCCGGGAGCACCAGGUGGUCCCGGAGGACCCGGCGGUCCCGGAGGACCCGGCGGUCCCGGAGGACCAGGAGGACCAAGUGGCCCUAGCACACCUCCUUCUCAAGAACCUGGUACUGGAUAUUAUCCCGGACAAGGACAACAAGGUGGGUACUACCCAAGCAGACCUGGAUCUCCCGGUUUACCGGGAAGUCCUGGCAGCCCCGGUAGCCCUGGCAGCCCUGGAAGCCCUGGAUCACCAGGUGGACCAGGUGGAUCUUAUGGACCCAGUGGACCGGUAGGACCCAACGGGCCAUAUGGACCUAAUGGACCGAAUAGACCAAACCAACCCUCAGGCCCCGGUGGACAAAUUGGACCUGAACAAGGUGGAUCUUACCCCGUCAGACCUGGAGCACCUGGUAGUCCUGGAGCACCUGGUGGACCCGGUGGACCGGGAGGGCCUGGCGGUCCCGGUGGACCAGCUGGACCAAAUGGACCCGGCGGACCCAAUGGACCUAGUGGACCAAAUGGACCUAGUGGACCAAGUGGACCAAGUGGACCUAAUCAACCCUUAGGACCUGGUGGACAAACUGGACCUGGACAAGGUGGAUCUUACCCGGUCAGACCAGGAGCACCCGGUAGCCCGGGAGCACCAGGUGGUCCCGGAGGACCCGGCGGUCCCGGUGGUCCCGGAGGACCAGGAGGACCAAGUGGCCCUAGCACACCUCCUUCUCAAGAACCUGGUACUGGAUAUUAUCCCGGACAAGGACAACAAGGUGGGUACUACCCAAGCAGACCUGGAUCUCCCGGUUUACCGGGAAGUCCUGGCAGCCCCGGUAGCCCUGGCAGCCCUGGCAGCCCUGGAAGCCCUGGAUCACCAGGUGGACCAGGUGGAUCUUAUGGACCCAGUGGGCCGGUAGGACCCAACGGGCCAUAUGGACCUAAUGGACCGAAUAGACCAAACCAACCCUCAGGCCCCGGUGGACAAGUUGGACCUGAACAAGGUGGAUCUUACCCCGUCAGACCUGGAGCACCUGGUAGUCCUGGAGCACCUGGUGGACCCGGUGGACCGGGAGGGCCUGGCGGUCCCGGUGGACCAGCUGGACCAAAUGGACCCGGCGGACCCAAUGGACCUAGUGGACCAAAUGGACCUAGUGGACCUAGUGGACCAAGUGGACCUAAUCAACCCUUCGGACCUGGUGGACAAACUGGACCUGGACAAGGUGGAUCUUACCCGGUCAGACCAGGAGCACCCGGUAGCCCGGGAGCACCAGGUGGUCCCGGAGGACCUGGCGGUCCCGGUGGUCCCGGAGGACCAGGAGGACCAAGUGGCCCUAGCACACCUCCUUCUCAAGAACCUGGUACUGGAUAUUAUCCCGGACAAGGACAACAAGGUGGGUACUACCCAAGCAGACCUGGAUCUCCCGGUUUACCGGGAAGUCCUGGCAGCCCCGGUAGCCCUGGCAGCCCUGGAAGCCCUGGAUCACCAGGUGGACCAGGUGGAUCUUAUGGACCCAGUGGACCGGUAGGACCCAACGGGCCAUAUGGACCUAAUGGACCGAAUAGACCAAACCAACCCUCAGGCCCCGGUGGACAAAUUGGACCUGAACAAGGUGGAUCUUACCCCGUCAGACCUGGAGCACCUGGUAGUCCUGGAGCACCUGGUGGACCCGGUGGACCGGGAGGGCCUGGCGGUCCCGGUGGACCAGCUGGACCAAAUGGACCCGGCGGACCCAAUGGACCUAGUGGACCAAAUGGACCUAGUGGACCAAGUGGACCAAGUGGACCUAAUCAACCCUUAGGACCUGGUGGACAAACUGGACCUGGACAAGGUGGAUCUUACCCGGUCAGACCAGGAGCACCCGGUAGCCCGGGAGCACCAGGUGGUCCCGGAGGACCCGGCGGUCCCGGUGGUCCCGGAGGACCAGGAGGACCAAGUGGCCCUAGCACACCUCCUUCUCAAGAACCUGGUACUGGAUAUUAUCCCGGACAAGGACAACAAGGUGGGUACUACCCAAGCAGACCUGGAUCUCCCGGUUUACCGGGAAGUCCUGGCAGCCCCGGUAGCCCUGGCAGCCCUGGCAGCCCUGGAAGCCCUGGAUCACCAGGUGGACCAGGUGGAUCUUAUGGACCCAGUGGACCGGUAGGACCCAACGGGCCAUAUGGACCUAAUGGACCGAAUAGACCAAACCAACCCUCAGGCCCCGGUGGACAAGUUGGACCUGAACAAGGUGGAUCUUACCCCGUCAGACCUGGAGCACCUGGUAGUCCUGGAGCACCUGGUGGACCCGGUGGACCGGGAGGGCCUGGCGGUCCCGGUGGACCAGCUGGACCAAAUGGACCCGGCGGACCCAAUGGACCUAGUGGACCAAAUGGACCUAGUGGACCAAGUGGACCAAGUGGACCUAAUCAACCCUUAGGACCUGGUGGACAAACUGGACCUGGACAAGGUGGAUCUUACCCGGUCAGACCAGGAGCACCCGGUAGCCCGGGAGCACCAGGUGGUCCCGGAGGACCCGGCGGUCCCGGAGGACCCGGCGGUCCCGGAGGACCAGGAGGACCAAGUGGCCCUAGCACACCUCCUUCUCAAGAACCUGGUACUGGAUAUUAUCCCGGACAAGGACAACAAGGUGGGUACUACCCAAGCAGACCUGGAUCUCCCGGUUUACCGGGAAGUCCUGGCAGCCCCGGUAGCCCUGGCAGCCCUGGAAGCCCUGGAUCACCAGGUGGACCAGGUGGAUCUUAUGGACCCAGUGGACCGGUAGGACCCAACGGGCCAUAUGGACCUAAUGGACCGAAUAGACCAAACCAACCCUCAGGCCCCGGUGGACAAAUUGGACCUGAACAAGGUGGAUCUUACCCCGUCAGACCUGGAGCACCUGGUAGUCCUGGAGCACCUGGUGGACCCGGUGGACCGGGAGGGCCUGGCGGUCCCGGUGGACCAGCUGGACCAAAUGGACCCGGCGGACCCAAUGGACCUAGUGGACCAAAUGGACCUAGUGGACCAAGUGGACCAAGUGGACCUAAUCAACCCUUAGGACCUGGUGGACAAACUGGACCUGGACAAGGUGGAUCUUACCCGGUCAGACCAGGAGCACCCGGUAGCCCGGGAGCACCAGGUGGUCCCGGAGGACCCGGCGGUCCUGGUGGUCCCGGAGGACCAGUUGGACCGAAUGGACCUGGACAAGUUCCCGAUUCCGUCGGUGCACCUUCCGGAACGGGUGUUCAACCACCAGUUUAUCCGCCGCCCAGUCAGCAGCCGCCGUUCCCUAUUUAUGUUAUACCGUACCCAUUGCCGAUCGUGCCAAGCCCCGCCUCGUGUCCCUGUUAUCUGUUAAAUCCGGGCCAAAAUAGUCAACAAUCUUAUCCACAAAUGCAAUAUAAUCAAUACCCUAACCAAGGGUACACACCUUAUGGCAUUAUAGGGUUUAUACCAGUCCUCUUCGUUCCCAACUGUCCUGGAAAUAAUACUGGUAUGCAAACUGCGCAGCAAAAUUUCCCUAAUGCUGUGUCUGUUCCUUAUAAUUGUGGCCAAUGUCAAGCGUCGAAUGACAUCUACCGGUACUUCGGAAGAUUAAAUGGAGGACGUAGCAUUGAAAUGAACGACUUAAAAGAAAUCAAAUCACUACCAGAAUUGGAGAAUUUGUUGAAAAAUCAAAUUAAACCUCCAAGAAGGAGUUUAAGGAGGAUAGCCGUGAAUACCAGAGUUCUGGACGAUAUGACGGACGACAAGAAAAAUAAAAGGAAGUUGAUAAUCAAGCCGAAAGAAGAUUAA